GGAAAAAUGAAAUAAUAGACCAUUCACAACUUUCAAACAGUCAACUUUGGGUGAAGUCUGAACUACUCCACUCAAGUGAAGACGCCCAAUUCCCAAAUUCUAAAAUCCAGUCAAGCAAGGCUGUCACUCUGUCACCCAACACCCAACACCCAACACCACCGUCCACCACCGUCCACCACUACGGCUGCAGAUCACCGCCAUUAGCAUAAGCAGCUGAACCCUAAUUUACAGAAUAAUUACAAUUACAAUUGCAAUUCCAUACGUUUGAUUUGUAUCCGGCAGCUUAGCAUGGGACUACUUUGCAGCAAGCAUCAACAUUCCACCAAACCUGAUGCUGAAAAUGCCCAGGCAACAGAGAUAGAAAGAAGGAUUGAGCGAGAGACUAUUGCUGAAAAGCAUAUUCAGAAACUCUUAUUACUUGGUGCUGGAGAGUCCGGAAAGUCAACAAUAUUUAAGCAGAUUAAACUUUUAUUUCAGAUGGGAUUUGAUGAUGCAGAGUUGAACAGCUAUACACCCGUUAUUCAUGCCAAUGUCUAUCAGACUAUCAAAUUAUUGAUUGAUGGUUCCAAGGAACUGGCUCAAAAUGAAACAGAUUCUUCAAAGUAUAGCUUGUCCCCUGAUAACAAGGAAAUUGGGGACAAGCUGUCAGAAAUUGGGGGCAGGUUGGACUAUCCACAACUCACCAAAGAACUUUCUGAGGAAAUAGAAAAAAUAUGGAAUGAUCCGGCAAUUCAGGAAACUCAUGCCCGCAGCAGCGAACUCCAACUUCCAGACUGUGCCAAUUAUUUCAUGGAACACCUAGACAGACUUUCUGAUGUAAAUUAUAUCCCUACAAAGGAAGAUGUUCUCUAUGCCCGAGUCCGCACAACAGGUGUUGUUGAGAUCCAGUUCAGUCCAGUUGGAGAAAAUAAGAAAAGUGGUGAGGUAUAUAGACUUUUUGAUGUUGGAGGCCAAAGAAAUGAGCGAAGAAAGUGGAUCCAUCUUUUUGAAGGUGUUACAGCAGUAAUCUUUUGUGCUGCUAUAAGCGAUUAUGAUCAAAUGCUCUAUGAGGAUGAGAACAAGAAUCGGAUGGUUGAAACUAAGGAGCUUUUUGAGUGGGUCUUGAAGCAGCGCUGCUUUGAGAGAACAUCCAUCAUGCUGUUCCUGAACAAGUUUGAUAUUUUCGAGAAGAAGGUUCAGAAAGUUCCACUAAGUACAUGCGAAUGGUUUAAGGAUUACCAGCCAGUUUCGUCUGGACAACAAGAGAUUGAGCAUACCUACGAGUUUGUUAAGAAGAAAUUUGAGGAGCUCUAUUACCAAUGCACUGCCCCUGAUCGUGUUGAUCGAGUUUUCAAGAUUUACAGAACAACUGCUCUUGACCAGAAGCUUGUAAAGAAGACUUUCAAACUGCUAGAUGAGACUCUCAGAAGGAGAAACCUUGUUGAGGCAGGUUUGUUAUGAUACAGAAUGGCAUUUCGGUGUGAGUUUGUUAAUAGUAUUUGGUUCUGGGGGGUUCUGAUCAUAUGUUGAAGUGUCAAAUUGAAUUAAUUAAAAGAGGGACCAGAAUUUUUUGACACCAAAUUUGACUACUGUCUUUACACUACAUUACUUUUAGAGAUUACAGUGUUGAGUCCACAUGUUUGAAGUUUGAACUCUCUGUUACAUAUAUUGUCUUGCCUCCAUCCUGUUGGAGCGCCAGAAUACCUUGUAGCUUAAUAUUUCAAUCAGAAGAUUAUUUAUUGGCCGCUAAGAA